AAUAUAUUUUCGUGUUCGGCGAAGCACAUAUUCUUACUCUGAUCUCCCUCCAUCCACUGAUUCGCUCCGCCCUCCGCCAUGGCAGGCCGCGUCCUCUUCCGCGCCGCUGCCUUCGGCCUCGCCGCCGCCGGUGCGGGUUCCCUGCAUGCCAUGUCGAAUUGGAUGCCUCCCUCGGAGAUCUCUCCCUUCAGCCGGAUAGUGAAGCUGAAGCCCACGCUCUUGGAAUCCGCGAACGUCCUUCUGGCCGCCCUGCUCCGCGCGCACCCGCUCUCCAGUGCGAACCUGCGUGACGUCCGCGCCCGCGCUGAGCUCGACCUCGCGCGUGCUGACAUGGAGAUUGGCCAUGGCGGCGACCCAGCCGCCGCCGUGGACCUCCGCCUCCUCCUGGCGCUCCUCGCCACGCGCGACGGUCGCGCGUACGACGCGUUGCGGCUCUACGCGGAAGCGGCCCGCGACGCGCCUUUCGACCCCCGGCCCUGCGCCCUUGCGGCUAACCUCUCCCUCAUGUGCGGGCGAGAUGACGUAUCUGCGGCGGGGAUUUCCGCUUACACCCGCCUCGUCUCCACCUUGCACCAGGGAUGGGAGUCCGACGAGACCAGGGAGCUCAUCCACGAGCUCGCGGUCGCGGCGACGCUGGGCGGCGUGUACAAGCUCCGCUUCGCUGAUAGUAGGAACUUCGUCAUGCGCGUGGCCAGCAGAGCUGUGGACAAGGGGCUGGUCGCUGCGCAGCAGGACAAGGCGCUAUCUGCGACCGAGAGGCUUCAGUUCCGAUUGCUACGCGUGUUCCUGGACACCAAGGUGCGGCACGUCGUGAAGGAGAACCUGGCCGUGGCCGACAUUGGUGAGGACUGAGGAUGCAUCUUCGGGUUCAUUAUGAGGUUGACAUAGCUACAAAAACUGGCAAUCUUGUUUUUCUGAAGGGCCUCAUAGAUCGAGUUACUUUGGAGACCAUGUUCGACACAUCAGCUUUAUAGUUCUAGAUUGUAAGCAGAGUUAUAAAACUAGUAGUUUCGUUAACCACAUAAGCUAGUUAGUUCUUUCAUAAGGAUGCUAAUUCAGAUGCUGCUCCAAAAGAAUUGCCAGUAACAGGGUGGUAUGCUCGAAGGUGACUGUUCAAGCAGCUUAUUAGUGAUGUGCUCAAAGGUGACUAAUAUUACUAGGCAUAUAGCUCUUAUUCAAUAAGCCCUAUUUUUGCUCAGAUGUUAACUGAAGAUGCAAUUUCAUUUCACACACUUGUGUAUAAGCCUUUAUAACCUGGGUUUUCGUUGGAUGUCAUC